AUGGGGGCUCAGUCUGCCCUCAUCGAGACCUUCCAGUCCGCAGGGAUCCGCGCCUUCGAGCUGCUGGCGCUGCGACAGUCCCUCCUCUCGGCGGUGCCGCCGUGCCCCGCUGUCUCGCUGGCGUGCCCGCCCGCGAACGUCACGUGCCCCAUCCAGGUCUGCCCAGCACUGGCCUGCCCCACGCCAGCGUGCCCCGUGCCGCUGGUGAACCUCUCCUGCCCGCCUGCAGGAGUGGAGCUCGGCCCUGACGGGCUCGACGUUCCCUCGGCCUGCUGGGGCUACCUGGCGGGAGUCUCGGCAGGGCUCGGGCUGGGCGGAGCAGUCUGGCGGCGGGGCGGCCGCACCGACGCCGAGGCGACAGCGGUGGGAGACCGAGCUCGAGAGCAAGUAGGUGACUACGUGCUGUUCCAGUAUGACUUACCUGGACCGCCGGUGUAUCAUGAGAGGCUCGUGACUGGUGUUUCAAUAGGGGAUCCAGGUCUUGUCAGUACGGUUUCGCCAGAUGGAGACCACUAUGCAGGGUACACGACGUCUGAUGACCUCAGGGAUGUGCGGUGGUCGGGGGCGCAAGGCGCGACCCCACCUGGAGUCAACCCAGCCCACGUCUACCGCUUCCGCCAGGUGCCGACGGCGGCAGAGGUCCAGCAGCUCAUCCGCGAAGGCUCGCUCCUCGUCGGGGGAGUGGCUCCGCUUGCUGCCGAUGCUCCCGCGGCCGCGGCAGCGCCCGUGGCGGCUCCUCCCGCGGUGGCUGCACCACAGGGAGCCAUCGUGCCUCGCGGCGCCGGCGUGGUGGGCGGGGUCCCGCGCGCUGGAGCCGCGCCCGCCCCCGCAUUGGCUGGCACGGUGUGGCUGGCGAUCGAGGACUUCCAGGGGUUGCGGCGCGGUGAGCAGAUGCCUGACCCUCUCCCUCAGGGCGCCGUCAUUCACGGGGAACUGGCGCUGGUUCCUCAUGGUGGGGGCUUCGUCGGAGCUCGACGGGUUGCCCUGGCCGACGUGGACGCCUUCGUGGUGGACGACCUACGCGUGCUGCCCGUGCGUUUCAACCAGCAGGGGGCGCGCCGCCGCCCAUGCAGUGAGGCCGUGGACAUGCAGAUCGUUGACGAGCCUGAGGGUGGCAUCAUGCUUCAGGGCCCGCGCACUACGGAUUGGGUGCUGAGGUCGUAUCGUGACGCUGGGCUCACGCCACAGCGUGGGCCCAUCACGGCGGCCCAGCGACUCGCGACCGCCGCCAUUUUGAACGAGGUCAGGAUGGCCCCGAAGUCUGACAUUCAUUUUUCUCGCCGUGGAGCCGCGAAGGAGCUCCUGGCUUCCAGCCUGUCCUACACCGCGGACGAGGCACCGAGUCCUGUGGUAAGGUACGUCAGAUCCCGAGUCGACAUCCCAGAAGUGGGUGCGGUCAUACCUCCUCAUACCUUCAUCGGCGACCUGGUGAAGGCUAACAUGCUGGGGCUCACGCAUCGCCCGAAGGACCUGGUCACCCCUUUCUUCGUGGCCAAGAAGAGUGGAGCACAGCGUCUCGCAUGGGACGCUAGAGUGCCAAAUCGACGUUUUCGCGACCCGCCGCCGCUGGCCAUGGGGACAUCGGCUGCGUAUGGUCGCCUCCAGCUACCUGAUGAUGGUGAGGAGGACGGCAGCUUCAGCACCAAGCUUUUCUGCGCCCAGGCGGAUGUGCGCAACUACUUCUACGCUCUCGGCCUGAGGGAGGAGUUGGGACUGUUCUUCUCGCUGCCGCCGGUGUCGCAGGCUUCGUUGUCGCAAUGGGGGGUUGAGGCAGUGGACACUCCCGAGGGCCCCUCAGGGGGCUGGGUGUGGCCGUUCCUGCGGGUCGUUCCGAUGGGCUGGUCUUGGGCUUUCUGGCUUGGGCAGCGUGCGAACGCGCACGUCUGCUGCUCUGCCUCGGGGCUCGGGUUCCCGCGGGUGCUGACCGAUCACGGUCCGGUGCCCCCGCUCGACGGGGGGGUCCCUUGCCUCCUCCCCUAUUGCGAUAACAUCAACGUCAUCGGCACCGACCCUGUCAGAUGCAAUGCCCUGAUGCACCAGAUCUGCGACGCCUGGAAGAAGCAUGGUGUGCAGAUCCACGAGGUGGUUGAGGCCACUGACGUCUUCGCCAGCCUCGGCCGCCUGAUCGAUGGCGCGUCUGGGCGAGUUUUCUCACGGCCCGAGCGCUCGGAGCGCCUCCGCCAGGCCUCACUGUGGCUAGAGCAGCGCCCUAGAGUCACGGGGAGGGAGGUGGAGAGGUACGUGGGUCAUCUCAUCGAUCAUUUGAUGUUGAAGAGGGAGCUGCUCUCGAUCCUCAGGAGUUUGUAUGAUUUCGUCAGGGAUUGCUAUAAUGUGCGAGCCCGUCUCUGGCCCUCAGCUGCCCGCGAAGUCGAGCAGUGCCGUCGCCUGCUGCCGCUGAUGUCGGCUAAUCUUCGGCUUCAGCGGUCGCCGACGGUAUUCGCUCAUGACGCUUGCCUGGCGGGUAUGGCGACGUGCCAGACAACACUGUCAUCAGAUCUCGUCAAACGUAUCGGGUCAGUCAGUGAGAGAUGGAGAUAUCGCAUGCCUUCGGCUAUCUCGGCACGCCGUUCCGCUCUGGGAGUCCGUUCUGGAGGCUACGAGGCCUCGGAGGGGCCCUUCGACGUCUUCAGCGACAUCGAGACCGUCAAGGCCCCCAGGAGCACCAGCAUGGACCUCGUCAAGGACCCCUGGGAGCUCAACCCGCAGUUCACAGAGGUGCCCGUACAGGCUCUGCAGGGCCCCCAGUGGAAGCAGGUGGUCUCGGCCAGGGUUCACGUCAAGGAGCCCAUCGCGAUUAUCGAGGGGAGGGCUUCAAACAUGACAUCUCGUCACAUCACAAGGGCCCAGGCCUCUUUUGGUCUCCGUCAUCUACGUUUCGGGGACAACCUCGGCACCAUCGCGCAGAAGAGCCUUGUGAAGGGCAGGACGUUCGUUGGGGCGACGAAGGAGGUGAGGAUCGCUCACCGUCUGCGGGCCCAUGGGGCUUUGACGAUGGUGGGGGAGGACGAGAGGAGCGUCCUGGACUGGAACGCGGUGGCCCCCGAGACCCUGGCCUACUACAGGGACACUUUCGACGGCUUCCAGAUGAUCGUGGGCCUCUUCGAGCUGCCGCUGCCCACCGCUGCGCAGGUCGUCUUGGCGCCGAUGAACUACGCCGACUACGCCUGGAGCAUCGGGCUCGAGAGAGCUGCCGUCCUGAACGCAUAUGCCGCGUACAUCUCGGCGCACCCCGACUUUUCCCGAAAGAAGUCGCUCCGCCUGCCGCGUCUCUAUCGGGCCCUCCAGGGCUCGAAGCGCCUGGUCCCAGGCCAGACGCGCCCGACCAUGCCCUGGCAUGUGGUCGCGCUGGUCGCACUGGUGAUGGCCAUGCAGCGGGGGUCCCAGCACGCAGCGCUCAUGGUGGUGACAAUGUUCGGGGUGUACCUCAUGCCCUCCGAGGACGUCGGCCUGCGCGAGCAGGACCUCUUCCCCCCCUUGGGCUUGUGCACGGUCCACGGCUUCAACCUGCACCCCAUCGCGAUGGGCGAGUACAGCAAGACCAGCUUGUCGGACGAGAGCCUGCCCCUCAGCUCGGUCGAGGUGCCCUGGCUGGGCCCGCGGCUGGCGCGCGCGAGGUCGGGGGACCCACAGGCGACGCGGUUUCGUCUCACCGCCGCGCAGCUCGUCGUCCAGUGGCGCCAGUCGCUGGAGCGCGCCGAGGUGCCCACCAGGUACUUGCCCUACCAGCUCCGCUACGCGCAGGCCACCAGGUACGUGCCCCCCAGGUACGCGCCCACCAUGGACGCGCAGGUUGCGCCCGCGCCCAGCAGGCCUUUCGUCGAACUCAUGUGCGGCUCCGCCGCCCUGGCCAAGGCCAUCCACGCCGCCGGCUGGGCUUCGGAAGGCUGGGACUACGCCGACGACCCGCGAGCCGACCUUCUUGAGGAGUCCUUCAUCGACACUCUGGUAUUGAGGAUAUCAAGGGAGGAGGUCGCGGGGGUGCAUGUCGGCCUGGACUGCAAAACGUGGGGCCGGGCAAGGAAGAAUGAUGGUCGGGGUCCGCCGCCACUCAGGGACGAUGCGAAUUUGCACGGCCUCCUUCUGUUGGCGGCGGCGGAUGCUGAGAAGGUGAUGAUCGCCAAUCGUCUGCUCGCUAAUGUUCUGCGCCUGCUGGCGGCUGCCAUCGAGGCGGGAAUCCCCUUCUCCUUCGAGAAUCCUCGCUCGUCUCGCCUCUGGCUGGUCCCGGAGCUUCUGGACAUGGCCCGCGACGCUCACGCCGAAUGGGCGUCGGUUGAUUAUUGCCAGUAUCAG